GAGGUUGCGCUGAGCGAUGUGCGAGCAGGCGGCGCGGUACUGCCGGGCCGGCGUGCAGAGGCUGCUGCGGAAACCUGCGCCGGCGCUGCGCGGGCUGGACGGGCUCCUGCGCUGGGCGGCCGCCAGGAUGGGCGACAAGGGCCUCGCCGAGCGGGAGCUGCUCGCCCCGGGCGCCGCCGCCGCCGCCCAGAGGAAGGGCACCUCCGUCAUCCUCGAUAUUUUCAGAAGAGCUGACAAAAAUGACGAUGGGAAGCUGUCACUGGAGGAGUUCCAGGCCUUUUUUUCUGAUGGGACGCUCAACGAAGAAGAACUUGAGAAGCUCUUUCACACCAUUGACUCAGACAACACUAACAAUGUGGACACCAAGGAGCUGUGUGACUAUUUUGCUGACCACAUGGGAGACUAUGAAGACGUUUUGGCCUCUCUGGAGAUGCUGAACCUCUCCAUCCUGAAGGCAAUGGACUACACCAAGAGGGUGUACGAGAGCGGCACCAACGUGGAGCAGUUCGUGACCCGGUUCCUGCUGAAGGAGACAGCAAACCAGACCCAGUCCCUGCUGAGCUCCGUGGAGAGUGCUGUGGAUGCCAUCGACGAGCAGACCAACCCCAGCAGGCACUACCCCAGCAAGGCUGCCCAUGGCCUGAGUGAGCCCUGGUACGACAGCCCCGUGCCCAGCUACCCUCCCACCUCCUGGGUGGCCCCCAGGGAGCACGGCAAGAACCUCCAGGCUGGUUCCCCCGACACCAAGGCAGAGGGCUUGGAAGGGCAGAUCAACAGGCUGGCCAAGCUGAUUGGCAAGCUGGAGGACAAGACGCUGUGGUUCGACCUGCACCAGCGGCUGUCGGACAGCGAGAGCUCCGCCUGCACGUACCUGCUCCUGGUGCGGACCGAGAUGACGGUGUCGCACAAGCACCUGGGCGAGUUCUGCAGCUCCCUGAAGCAGUACCUGAAGAGCGUGGCCGGGGAGCGGGACUGCUUCCAUGUCACCGCGGUGAAGCUGCCUGAUGGGGUCACCUUCAUCGUCUACGAGUUCUGGGAGACCGAGGAGGACUGGAAGAGGCACCUGCAGAGUGCCACCUGCAAGGGCUUCCAGCACGUCAAGGUGGACACGCUGAGCCAGCCCGAGGCCGUGUCCAGCGUGGCAGUGCCAGCUGCCUGGUGCACCCUGAGCCGGGACUGACCGUCGGUGCCGGGGG